AGUUGGACCGUGAGGUUCCGAAGUUGCUGCUAGUGUCUGAAUGAAGGUUGAGCUUUAUCCCAGACUGCAAAUUCCUCUGUCCAUUAUUUAGUAUUUGAAAAUCUGAAGACUGAAGUUUCAAAAUCAAUGGAUGAAGGGCUUAUACCUGAAACAUUGACUCUCCUGCUCCUCGGAUGCUGCCUGACCUGCUGUACUUUUCCAGCGCCACAUUUUUCGACUGACUCUCCAGUGUCUGCAGUCCUCACUUUGAUGUCAAUGUCUGACAGUCACUCAAUCCAUCGGGACAGCAACGAUUUUUGACUGUGAUUCCUGUGAGAGGAAUCAACGCUUUUUGGUUCCAGUUUGAGGACGUUUUCAGCAUCAGUGGGACUGGACAGGAGACCUCACUGUUACAGCACAUUGUGUGCUUGGAGCCUGAAACAGUUAUAAGGCCUGGGAAGGGGAUUUCACGGCAGGGAGGGGCUCUACACGUGUUCCUGUACAGUUGAAGCUGUAGCCAUGGAGAAACCUGAGGAAUCCCGUCCUGUGGAGGAACCGUGGAAGUGUGGCGACUGUGGGAAAGGCUUCCGUUUCCUGUCUGCCCUGGAGACUCAUCGGCGCAGUCACACCGGGGAGAGGCCAUUCCCCUGCACUGACUGCGGGAAGGCCUUCAGACAUUCCUCCCACCUGCUGGCCCACCAACGGGGCCACACGGGGGAAAGGCCCUUCAGCUGCCCAGAGUGCGGGAAGGCCUUCAGCACUUCCUCCACCCUGCUGAGCCACCAGCAUGUCCACACAGGAGAGAGGCCGUUCACCUGCCCUGAGUGUGGGAAGGCCUUCAGGUAUUCCUCCACGCUGCGGACCCACCGGCGUUUCCACACAGGGGAAAGGCCGUUCAGCUGCUCCGAGUGUGGGAAGGCCUUCAGGUAUUCCUCCGCCCUGCGGAGCCAUCGGCGCGUCCACACAGGGGAGAGUCCCUUCAGCUGCCCCGAGUGUGGGAAGGCCUUUACCCGCGUCUCUGCCUUGCGGAGCCACCAGCGGAUCCACACCGGGGAGAGACCCUUUACCUGCCCCGAGUGCGGGAAGGCCUUUACCGACAUCUCCUCCCUGAUGAAGCAUCAGCGGAUCCAUACUGGGGAGAGGCCCUUUACCUGCUCUCAGUGCGGGAAGGCCUUCAGCACAUCCUCCCACCUACUGAUCCAUCAGCGUGUCCACACAGGGGAGAGACCGUACACUUGCCCUCACUGUGGGAAGGGCUUCAGGUAUUCCUCCUCCCUGCUGACCCACCAGCGGAUCCACACGGGGGAGAGGCCUUUCAGCUGCCCCGACUGUGGGAAGGCCUUUUGCGAUUCCUCCACCCUGCUGACCCACCAGCGUGUCCACACAGGGGAGAGACCGUACACCUGCCCUCAGUGCGGGAAGGGCUUCACCCGCUCCUCCCACCUGCGGAGACACCAGCGGAUCCACACGGGGGAGAGACCCUUCAGCUGCCCCGAGUGCGGGAAGGCCUUUACCGACAUCUCCUCCAUGAUGAAGCAUCAGCGGAUCCACACCGGGGAGAGACCGUACACCUGCUCUCAGUGCGGGAAGGGCUUCACCCGCUCCUCCCAACUGCGGAGCCACCAGCGAGUUCACGUGCCGUUGCAGGGGGAUUGAAGGAGUUACGGCCGAGUCCCAUUAUCGAUUGGACUAUCAACCCAGUUCCGGAGAUUCCCGGGUUUGAAUCCCCCCACGACAGAUGGCAGAAUUGGUAUUCGGUCAGAAAUGUGGAGUUUGGAAUCUAACAAUGAGACUGUUUCAGGGAGGGGUGGUGCAGGGGGGAAAGCCCCCAUCUGAUUUACUCUCUCCCUUGUUAGGGAAGGGAACCGCCAUUGUGGGAGAGGAUUCACUCAGUCAUUCCAGCUGCAUCCUUUACCCGGUUUGGCCUACACAUGACUCCAGACCCACAGCAGUCUGGUUGACUCUACACUGCCCUCCCCCCACUGGCAAAGGAGCGGGGAGAAACUUACUUGGAGACAGGGUAUGAGUUGAAAUUGCUGAGUGAGGCAAUACUUCCUCAGGGUUACGGCUGUACCAAGGAUCCAAUUACAAAGGGACAACUUGGUGCUGGCCAAUAGUAAAGGCAGUGGUGGGUGGGUAGGGACAGGGGAGGUGUGGUGUGUGCACUUUCACCUUGAGCUGUUCAAAAAGCAACUACUUUUUCUCUGCUUUUUUGCUGGGGGGAUCU